AUGCUCGAACAACAGCCGAAGAAUGGAGUGUGUAACACGGUGACCGCUUCACUUUUGGACGGAGAAAGAGUUGCAUAUUUUUGGAUGCGAAGAAAAGGCGUUCUCUGUGGAGAGGACUUGUGCAAUACACUUCUCGAGCUCGGACUACCUACUUUCGACGAGAUAAUCGAACCUUUGCAAAAUUUGACAUUCACUUGCUAUGUGGGUCUCAAGCACGGCAUGUUUACGGUUGGAGGAAUUCAACAAUGCGAUGGCGCUUGUGGAACGCUUCAAGCAACUGCCAACGGGCUCGACCUCAGAAGCGUUUUCUGCGCAAUACCAUGUGGCCUUUGUGCUGCUUUCUUGAAGCUCAACUCCGAUCUUGACUUGAUACUUUACUCGUGUGACCCGGCGACGAUUUGCCGUGGAUAUGGACUCAAUAACAAGUGUGAUGGAGUUGACAACAACACUUAUUAUGGAUGCUGUUGUGACACGGAUGCGUGCAUUGAUCCAACGAGGAUGCCACCAGUAAAAGGCUUCUACUGUGCCCAACGAUCUUUCUGCCAAGCUCUCGAUACGGUCAGCCGAUGUGACACCACCUCAGUUGGGGAUCAAAUUCUGCUCCGAGCUGCUGCUGUGACGAUUCAGCGAAUUGUCAGCAUAAGGAACAGGGAUAUUCCAACGGUAGUUGCCAAAACGGUGAUGGGAGUGAUCUCUGGGUGUUGCUGUGACAGUGAUGUUUGCAUUAACCCGUACAAUAGCCGAUACCCUAAUGGAAACAAUUCAUUGAGCUGUUUCGUCGGAGUCACUGUUGGAACCGAUUACAUGGUAGGUGGAUCGAUGCCAUGUGAUGGAGAGUGCGGAUCUCUGGAGACGACCGUCAAUGGAAUGCAUGCCGCUGGCUACUUCUGCGCCUCGCGUUCCUUGUGCAAAACCCUCGGCGUACACAACGAUUGUGCUUCGGACAACAACUGCAAUGCCAUCGCCGACAAUGUCACCGUUCCGACAUACGUGCCCCAGAAUCGGCCACCACUUGCUUGCUACAACGGCCUCUCAUUGAACAAUCAACUCUUGCAAGAUGGAAAUCAAUAUAUGGCUUGCCGUGGUGACUACGGAUCGAUCACAUUUAGCGCAACGGUAGCGGGC